AUGUCUAAAAGACCAGCAGAAGAGCCUCCAAGGGGAAACGACGAGCCACGCAAGCGCGUGCAAAUAACAGACCCACCUCCAUCGGCCUCUUCCAUCGCUUCAGUCGUGCCUGGGAUUUCACGAUGGUCUUACUCAGAAAUACCCGACAGCCUACCACCUCUCCCACCAAUUAGACCUGAUCUUGAAGAGCAGGUCUUCAGGCAUCCUGGACUUGAAGGUCCAAACUGGGAAAAACUAGAAUGGUACGGCGACGCGACACUUGAAAUGAUCUCAACAGAACUCAUCUUCGAGACGUUUUCACAUCUUCCAGCAGGAAGUUGCAGUCAAAUUCGCGAACAGCUAGUGCGCAACAGCACGCUCUCUGAGUACUACCGACAAUAUGGCAUGGAACAAAAAACGCAAUUGCCUGAACAUAUGGGCAAAAUGGCGGAUCUUUUACGUACAAACAGGAACAGCCGGGACGUUAUAAAACUGCAAGGUGACGUUUUUGAGGCCUAUGUCGGGGCAGUUGUCAAAUCGUACCCCCAGGGAAACGCCAACGCCGUCGCUUGGUUGAAGAUGCUAUGGGGCCGUACGAUCAAAGAUCAGAUCAAGCGAGCAGAAAGACACCAAGAAAUGAUAGCCCGAGCGCAACCCGUCGUCCAACAAUUUUCUACUACGGAAGGGCAACCUGCACAGCCCCAAAUCAAGAUGGAGCCCCUGACAGAACAAAAUGCCAAGGGCCGCCUCAGUACUGCGAUAGCAGUCCCUGGAAUCAAGAUCCGGUACGAAGAUAUGCCAUGUAACAAGAAGGACAAGGAUACAGGCCUUCCGUUGUAUGCGGUUGGGAUCUAUCUCGAUGGAUGGGGCGAGACAAACAAAUGUCUAGCGUAUGGUGUUGCUAAGCGCAAGAUUGAUGCAGGUGGAAAGGCAGCAGUGCAAGCAUUGGAGAACAGAAAAAUGAUAAAAGUCUACGAAGCUAAGAAGAAGCAGUACGUGGCUGAGAAGGCGAAACAGCUGGAGGCCAAGAAAACAGGAUCUUCCGUCGAAAGUACCUAG